GAGACGAGCAUGCGCCUCCCUGCGAGGCUGCAGGACGGGUUUGGCAGUGCAGAGGACAGCAGCAGCAGCUUCAGAGAAACCUAAGAGCUGUUCCAGCAUGGAAAGGGGGCAGGGUCUUCUGCUCAGCCUCGUCAUGGCAACGUGUUUCUACGGCAACACCGCUCAAAAAACAGUCUGCACUCAAGAGGCCGUGGCUGACAUCGUCUUCAUGGUUGACGGCUCGUGGAGCAUCGGCAGCGAGAACUUCAAGCAGAUCCGUCGUUUUCUGCACACGCUGGUCGACAGCUUUGACGUCAGGCCGGAGCACGUCCGCAUCGGACUGGUCCAGUACAGCACCGCUCCGCGCACCGAAUUCCUGCUCAAUACUUUCAGGAGCAAGAAGGACAUCCUACGUUACGUCAGCAGCUUACCCUACCUGGGCGGCGGCACCCAGACGGGGCUGAGCCUGGACUUCAUGCUGAAGGAGCACUUUGUGGAGGCUGCCGGGAGCCGGGGGGCAGAGAGCGUGCCACAGAUUGCCGUGGUGAUCACCGACGGCAAGUCGCAAGACAACGUGGAGUCCCACGCUCAGGACCUAAAGAGAGAGGGAAUCGUUUUGUACGUUAUUGGCAUCAAGGACGCAGAUGAAGAGCAGCUGAGAGAGAUUGCCAGCGAGCCGCACAGUCAGCACGUCUACAGCGUGUCCGACUUUGCGGCGCUGCAAGGAAUCUCUCAGAGCAUCGUUCAGACGCUUUGCACCACGGUGGAAGAAGUCAAACGACAACUCCUGCAGUUGUCUCAAGAAUGUGCCAAAGCCACAGUGGCCGACAUCGUGUUCCUGGUCGAUGGAUCCUCCAGCAUCGGCAUCAGUAACUUUCAGGAGAUCCGGCAGUUCCUCCGUAGCGUGGUCAGCGGCCUGGACAUCGGCCCAGACAAGGUCCGUGUUGGCUUGGCUCAGUUCAGCGAUGAAACCACCCAAGAGUUCCUGUUGAAGGAGCACAUGGACAAGAAGUCCCUCUUGGCCUCGGUGGACAUAUUCCCCUACCGAACCGGCGGCACGGAAACGGGCAAGGCCAUCGACUUCCUCCUAAAUAACUAUUUCACAGAGGAAGCCGGGAGCCGAGUCAACCAGCGGGUUCCUCAGAUCGCCGUGGUCAUCACAGACGGAGACUCUACGGACGAUGUAAUGGAGCCUGCCCAGCGCCUGAGGCAACUCGGGGUCAUAGUGUUUGCCAUCGGAGUGGGAGCAGCCAACCGUAAGGAGCUGGAGUCCAUUGCCAACCGUCCUCCAGAGCGGUUCCUGUCCUCCAUCAAUAACUACCAGGCUCUGCAGAGGCUGACCGUAGGUCUGCUGCAAACCGUUUGCAUCUCCGUGGAGGAUCAGAGGCAAGCCUUGGCCGAAAGGUUUGCAGACAUCUUCUUCCUUGUGGACAGCGGCAUGUCUCAGAAAGACUUCCAGCAGAUCAGGACACUCCUCACCCGACUGGUUAAUCAGCUGAACAUCGGAGGGUCCUCCCACCGCCUGGGCUUGGCCCAGUACGGUCAAGAUACGAGGGUUGAAUUUCUUCUCAACGCUUUCCAAAACAAACAGGACAUCCUGAACGGCAUUAAGCAAUUCGGCCAGCAAAAACUCCAAACCAACGAGCCUCGUAAUCUGGGCGGCGCUUUGCGGUACGCUGCCACUAACUUCUUCACCAGCGAGGCAGGCAGCCGGGCAGACCAAGGCUACCGACAAUUCCUGGUGGUUAUAAGUGGAAAAGAAUCCGCCGAUCCCGUGCACCGGGAGUCCCGUCUGAUCAAAUCCUCGGGAGUGACGGUGGUAGGGAUGAGCCUCAGUGAAUCUCUGAUGGAGAUGCGCAUCGUAGCGACAGCACCCUACAUCUACCAGUCCAUCAGCAGCGUGGCAUCUCUGCGGGCUAUCUUUGAGAGGGAGGAGGCGGAGACCGUUCUUACUGGAGAUUGCAAAGCAGCCAAACUGGCUGACAUUGUGUUCAUCGUUGAUGAGUCUGGAAGCAUCGGAUCCCCCAACUUCCAUCUGGUGCGCACUUUCCUCCACUCGCUCGUGAGCGGCCUGGAGGUCGGUACCUCGAGAGUCCGCGUGGGCAUUGUGACGUACAACGAAAGGGCCACGGCGCAGGUCUACCUCAACAGUUUCAAUGACAAGAGCGAACUGUUGAAGUUCAUCAAAAUGCUCCCUUACCAGGGUGGUGGUACGUACACUGGUGCGGCCCUGGAAUUUGCCUUGAGGGAGGUUUUCAUACCGCAAAGAGGAGGCAGGAGAGCGAAGGGUAUCCAGCAGGUGGCGGUGGUGAUCACAGACGGGGAAUCCCAGGACAACGUGAGCACAGCAGCGGCUAAUCUCCGUCGAGAGGGUAUCACCGUUUACGCGCUAGGGGUUAAAGACGCCAACGAUGCCCAGCUGGUAGCAAUGGCUUCUUACCCCCCCCACAAGCACAAGUUCACUGUUGACAGUUUUGCCAAACUGAAAUCAGUAGAGCAGAGCUUGCAGAAACUGCUGUGCAACAACAUCCUCCGGCAAGCAGUCUCAAUCAACACAAGGAGAACUGGCAUCAAAGACGGCUGUGUACAGACGGAUGAAGCUGACAUCUUCUUCCUGAUUGAUCACUCAGGAAGCAUUUACCCCAAAGACUUCCAAGACAUGAAGACGUUCAUUAUCGGGUUUCUACACACCUUCCGUUUAGGGCCACAACAUGUCCGCGUGGGUGUUGUAAAAUAUGCAGAUUCGGCAGAUUUAGAAUUUGAUCUGACAGCCUACUCUGAUGCAAAAACAUUGGAGAAAGCAGUAGAGGGAAUUAGACAAAUAGGAGGUGGGACUGAGACGGGGAGAGCGCUGGAGUUCAUGAGUCCGCAGUUUGACCGAGCCAUGGCAACUCGUGGUCACAAAGUCCCGGAGUACCUGGUGGUCAUCACCGAUGGAAAAUCUUCCGAUAAGGUCAAGGCUCCUGCGGAAAAACUGAGGUCAAAGGGCGUCAUUGUCUACGCCAUUGGUGUGAAGAAUGCCGAUGUGGUGGAGCUUGGAGAGAUUGCUGGUGACCCAAAGAGAACUUUUUUUGUCAACAAUUUUGAUGCUCUGAGGCCCAUCAAAGAUGACAUCAUCACAGACAUCUGUUCCCCAGACGCUUGUAAAGACACUCCAGCCGACCUCCUUUUCUUGAUCGACAGUUCCGGCAGCAUCUAUCCACAAGACUAUGACAAAAUGAAGGACUUCAUGAAAUCUGUCAUCAGCAAGUCCAUCAUUGGGCAGAACAAGGUGCAUGUUGGUGUCAUGCAGUUUAGCACCAUCCAACAACUGUCAUUUCCCCUCAACCAGUACUACACCAAGGAGGAAAUGUCCAAAGCCAUCAAUGGCAUGCAGCAGGUUGGCGGAGGCACGCUCACAGGUGAAGCCAUCACUGAGGUUUCGAAGUACUUUGAUGCCAUCCAAGGAGGGCGUCCUGAAAUGCAACAGAGGCUUGUAGUCAUCACAGAUGGCGAAGCCCAAGACCAUGUCAGAGGCCCUGCCGAGGCUCUGAGGGCUAAGGGAGUGUUGAUCUACGCCAUUGGAGUGGUGGACGCCAACACCACCCAGCUGAUGGAGCUCAGCGGUUCACCGGACAGGACAUACGUCGAGAGGGACUUUGACGCCCUUAAAGACUUGGAGAGCCAGUUGGCCUUGGAGCUCUGCGAUCCAGUGAGAGAGUGUAAGAAGACCGAAAGAGCGGACAUUAUUUUCCUGGUGGACGGCUCUACUAGCAUAACCCUGAAAAAGUUCAGAAGCAUGCAGAAGUUCAUGGCAUCAUUGGUGAACCAGACCACAGUCGGCAAAGACCUGACUCGCUUUGGAGUCAUUCUUUACUCCACCAACCCCCAAUCUGUUUUUACUUUGAAUCAGUACAACUCCAAACGAGAGGUUCUUAAUGCGAUCUCCGCCCUGAGGUCCCCGUAUGGAGACACCUUUACCGGCAAGGCUCUGGCAUACUCGUUACAGUUCUUCAACGAUGCACACGGGGGUCGAGCAGCUCUCCAGGUGCCCCAGAUUCUUAUGGUGAUUACAGACGGCGAUGCCACCGACCGUAACAAUCUGGUUGCUCCUGCGGAGGGACUGCGAGACAGAGGGAUCAGCGUCUUCAGUAUCGGAGUGGAGGGGGCCGACAAGUCACAGCUGGAGAUCAUGUCUGGUCAUGAGAAAUCUAGAGUUUUCUAUGUGGACAACUUUGAUGCCCUGGAAAACCUGUACAAGAAUAUUACUCAUGCUCUCUGCAAUUCCACCAAACCAGUUUGUGAGAAACAGCAGGCAGACCUGGUCUUCCUGAUCGAUCAGUCUGGCAGUAUCAGUGCAAACGACUACACCACCAUGAAGCAGUUCACCACAGCGCUGGUGAGCAGCUUCAAACUCAGUGAAAACUUAGUGCGGGUAGGACUCGCCCAGUUCAGCAGCACUUUCCAGAACGAAUUUUACCUCAACCAGUUUUAUAGCGAUCAAGCCGUGACCAAGCACAUCUUAGACAUGAAGCAGAUUGGUGGCGGCACCAACAUCGGACUGGCCCUGCAUUCUAUCAUUGAUCACUUUGAUGCAUCACGGGGAGGUCGAAGGUCUGCCAGGAUCUCCCAGAACCUAGUGCUGAUCACAGACGGCGAAUCGCAGGACGAUGUGGAGGAAGCAGCUGACCGUCUCAGGGCUCUGGGGAUCGAGGUGUUUGCCAUCGGUAUCGGAGAUGUCCACGACUUGGAGCUCCUGCAGAUCACCGGCACCCCAGACAGGCUUUUUACUGUGCAGAGCUUCGGCAGCUUGGAAAAGAUCAAACAAAAGGUGGUUGAUACAAUCUGCAAAUCUAGACCCAUCCAAGAUCCCAGUGCCUGCAGCAUUGAUAUCGCCAUGGGAUUCGAUAUCUCUAGAGGAAGCCGAGCACCCGGCGAGAUGCUUAUCAGCGGCCACCCUAAGCUCCAGGCCUUCCUGCCAGACAUCGUUCGCUACGUUUCAUCGGUUCAUGGUCUUUGCUGCGUCGGGCCGGAUCCCGUUAAGACCAACAUCGCCUUUCAAGUAGCGUCACUAGAUGGACGCCCGCUCUACGACUUCAACUUCGAGGGCUACAGCUUAGAGGUUGUCAACAAAGUCAUGACCUUGAAUUUGUCAGAGCCUACUUACUUCAACAGCGCCUUGCUGAAGUCCUUCGAGAGGAAGUUCAGCGUCCAGUCCAAAGCUGGCGUGAAGGUGCUGGUGAUCUUCUCAGAUGGACUCGAUGAGGACGUGAUGAAACUGGAGCAAGAAUCAGAGCUGCUGCGACAGUCUGGGGUCAGCGCUCUGCUGACGGUGGCCCUGGAUGGGGCCCGAGACCCCGCCCAGCUGCAGAUGGUGGAGUUCGGGCGAGGAUUCGGCUACAAGCUUCCUCUCAGCAUUGGCAUGAUGAGCGUCGGCAGCUCCGUCCUCAAGCAGAUUGACACCGUGUCGGAGAGAGAGUGCUGCAAUGUCAUGUGUAAAUGUUCGGGACAUGAAGGCAUCCGAGGCUCUCGGGGCCCCCCGGGGUCAAAGGGUUUGUCUGGACAGAAAGGUUUCCCCGGGUUCCCAGGAGAUGAAGGAGUCGCUGGGGAGCGUGGUCGUCCUGGACCGUCUGGACUUCAGGGGGUUCAGGGUUGUUCUGGUCUGAGAGGAUCAAAGGGCUACCGAGGUCUCCGUGGUAACAGGGGAGAACAAGGAGAAGAUGGGCUGGACGGAGUCCACGGAGAACAGGGACGGACGGGACAGGAUGGAGGUCGAGGACCGAGAGGAGACUCAGGAAAUCCAGGUAUUCCGGGAAUCAGAGGGGAGGCGGGGAUCAAAGGACAACAAGGACUCAGAGGAGAUCCGGGCGCACCAGGUGCAGACAACACCAGACCAGGAGCCAAAGGAGAACCGGGGAACCCUGGAUUACCGGGAUCUUCUGGACAGGACGGACGGCCAGGGGAGAGUGGAGUGGUCGGGAUCCAGGGUCCAAAUGGAAGAAGAGGAGCGAUUGGUGAGAAGGGGAUUCCUGGAGGACCAGGAACCUUUGGAGUCCCGGGAACCUCCGGUGCUUCAGGUCCUCAGGGUCCCAGAGGGGUCAGAGGUCAACCUGGACCGAGAGGGGUCACUGGACUUCCUGGUCCCCAGGGAGGACCAGGAGCAUCUGGAGCGCCGGGGUCAGUCGGACGACAAGGAGCCAACGGACAGAAGGGCCAGCCAGGAGACCCAGGUGAUACAGGUGCUCCAGGCUCCCAGGGAUCCAGAGGAAUGCCGGGUCAGGACGGUAAAGACGGUUACGGCCCUGCAGGACCUAAAGGAGUGAAGGGAGAUGCUGGUUUCCCAGGUUACGCCGGUCUGCUGGGUGAGGACGGCCUUCAUGGACCUAAAGGACAUCCGGGACGUAAAGGGAACCGAGGACGAGGCGGAAACUCAGGCAGGCUGGGAGAAUCAGGCAUGUCUGGAGAACCAGGAUAUCCAGGUCACAGGGGUCCCAGGGGUCUUCCUGGAGAAAGAAACAUGACUGAGUGUCAGCUGAUUACCUUCAUCAGAGACAACUGUGCUUGUUCGCUCGGUCAGCUAGAGUGCCCUGCCUACCCCACCGAACUGGUCCUGGGUCUGGACAUGUCGGAAGACGUGACCCCGGCAGCCUUCGAGAGGCAGCGCUCCGUCCUUUUGUUCUUGCUGAAGGACAUUGCCGUUUCCGAGAGCAACUGUCCGACGGGCGCUCGCGUGGCUGUGGUAGGUUACAGCAGCUACACCAAGUACCUGAUCCGCUUCCAUGAUUAUCGUAGCAAGACCCAGCUGAUUGAGUCGGUGAAGAACAUUGCCUUGGAGAGGACAUCCAACAGGCGCCAGCUCGGUGCCGCAAUGCGUUUUGUGGGUCGGAAUGUCUUCAAGCGUGUCCGAGCGGGAAUGAUGAUGAGGAAGGUGGCCGUCUUCCUCUCUAACGGGCCGUCGCAGGAUGUCGAAGACAUUGUCACCGCUGUAAUGGAGUACCAGGCCCUCGGCAUCGUGCCGGCAGUCAUCUCUUUGAGGAACGCUCCCACUGUUGGUCGAGCCAUGGAGGUCGACGACUCAGGACGCUCCAUCUUCAUUGUUCUGGGUAGAGAUAUGGUUGUUGACCUGAAGAAGGUCCAGAGCUGUGCCAUCUGUUAUGAUCCCUGCCAGCGUCCGGACCAGUGCCCCUUCAUCCAGGAACCAGUGCGGCCUCAGGAGGUUGACAUGGACCUGGUCAUGGUGGCGGACGGCUCCAGGGAGAUGCAGGCUGACGAGUACCGCGGCGUCCAGCAGCUGCUGGGCUCUGUGUUGGAACAGCUGGUCGUAAGUCCUCAGCCCCGCAGGGCGGGCAACCAGGCCCGGGUGGCUGUGGUCCAACAGAGCGGCGCCCAGGACAUCAAGGUAGCGUUUGGCUUCGGGACCUACCAGACCAGCGCGCUGAUGAGGAACCACCUGAUCCGAAACAUGACGCAGCGGGGGGGUUCGUCAGCGCUUGGACGGACACUGGAGUUCACCUUGCAGGAGGUUCUCCUGAAGGCCGGACAGCCCCGGAGGAGGAGGGUGCUGCUGACUGUGGUCGGAACCAAGACAUCGGUAGGGGACCGAGCCAAGCUGCGCUACAUUUCCCAGAAGGCCAAGUGUGAGGGGGUGGCGCUGUUCGUGGUUACGGUCGGGGGUCGCUACGACCGGACGCAGAUGGAGGAGCUGGCCAGUCCGCCUGUUCAUCAGCACCUGAUCCACAUGGGCAGUCUGAAGGCUGAGGAGCAGGGCUACGCCCAGCGCUUCUUCAGAGUCUUCCUCUCCGCCCUCAACAAGGGAAUGAACACAUAUCCUCCUCCGUCUUCAAAGUGGACAUGUGAGCAGCUCACAACACCAAAUGGGGAACAAAUAUUAAUUAACAGUCAGGCGACGGCAUUGGUGAACGAGGAAGCGCUCUGGGACAACCAGAGGUUCCAAGAGCAGAUGGGAGGACGAACUCAGACGAGCCAGCUGGACGUCAAGGACGGUUGGACCAGAGGAGACAGACUUGUCUCCCUGUCCCACGCCCAGUGUCAGCUGGCUGCAGAUACUGGCGUCCCGUGUGAGGACUUUGUCCAAGUGUGGUUCUUUGACGUAGCCAUCGAUGCAUGUUCUCCCUUCUGGUUUGGCGGCUGCGGCGGUAACGCCAACCGCUUUAACACUGAGAUUGAAUGUUUCCGGACAUGUGGCUCUCGCAGUCCGAACACCCAGCCGACUCCGGAGCUGCCCAGCUUUGUCUCCAAAGGCCCCUGCCUUCUCAGCCAGGACCAAGGCAGCUGCCAGAACUACACCAUGAUGUGGUUCUUCGACAGCCAACAGAGGGAAUGUUCUCGCUUCUGGUUCGGCGGCUGCGGCGGCAACGAGAACCGUUUCAAGACUCAGGACGAGUGUGAGAACGUCUGUGUGAUGAAGAGUCGUGAGGAGGACGAGUCACAACAGUAUCCAUCGUCCAGGAGACACUUGGACACCAUAUAAAACCUUUAUUCACCACUGAGGCUUUCUUUCAAACCGCCCACUAGUUUCUGUUUCACAACUUGGAUUAGGCCAAGACCUGUUUUCCUCCUGAACAUCUGUUCUGUUGACCCUUUGACCUCCUUUUGACCUGUCUGUUGACCCUUAGAAAGGAAAUGAAUGUUUGACAAAUCUUAAAUGUAAUUAAAGAUUCAGUUUAUUGUAAACCGUUGUUAAACUGUACUCUUAGGAUGGUCCUUCUCUCCAAUUCUUAAAGUUUUAAUAAUGUAAGAUAUGAAAGCCUUAUUUUGGACAAUUUAUUGGACCAUUUUGUAGUAAAUGUGUUUGUGACUCCAGAGAUCCGAUCAAACAUGUCAGAGCUUGUUGCAUCUCACGUUACAUUUAAUGUCAACAAAUGGAUCCAGCUUAGAAAAUAAGAACCAGAACUUCCCUCAAUAAAGUUCCAAAGAUCAAAGUGGAUCUUUAGUUUAUUCCAUAAGCACCAAGAUGACGAAGCAAAGAUAAUUUCUGUCUGUGUGUCGUUUAUUAAACUGACUAAAAAUGCUUCAUGUGAGAAAAACUGCUUGUUUGUUAAUGGAGAACAAUUAGUUUAUAAAUCACUGUGUAACAAUAAAACGGCAAACUAA